CUCGAGAUAUUCCCAGAUAUGCGUGCCAAUUUAAAAUUUAGGGCUCUUGCACAAUAUCAACGUCCUGAUGUCUUUGCGUAGACUUCUCUCGAAUCCAGUAAAGUCAGUGAGACCAUUUCUGCUUAGUCCACUUUCUUUAGCUCGACAGAUUUCAUCUGCAAACAUCGAAAAGUUAGAGCAUGGUAGAGGUAUACAAGUUGAAUGGCAUGAUGGUGAAGUAUCAAGAUUUCAUAGCAGUUGGCUGAGAAUGAAUUGUAAUUGUGAUAAAUGCCAGCAAAGGCACAGUGGUCAAAGAACAAUUAAUGUUUCCCAGUUACCAAACACAAUAAAGUUACAAGACAUCAGCCUAUCAGAUGACAACUUAACAGUAACAUGGGAUCAUAAUCAACAUCAUAAAAGUUUAUUCAAGCUUGACUGGCUAAAAACGCAUUCCUACAUGAAAAAAGACAUACAAAACCAGAGCAACCAAAGAAAAUUUCACACAUUUAAAGAGGCCAUACCUGAUUCUUUGAAUUAUGAUGAUGUCAUUAAUUCUAAUGGUGGCCUUCUCAAAUUUCUUCAAUUAAUCAAUGAAAAUGGCCUGGCACUAGUCAAAGGUGUACCCUGUGAUGAUGAUAGCCUUUGUAAGGUUGUCAAUAGAAUUGGCCCACUACAAAAAACAAUCUAUGGUGAGUUCUUUGAUGUCAUCAGUACUCCCAAUCCAAUCAACAUUGCUUAUUCCAGUGUCAAUUUGGAUUAUCAUAUGGACCUUGCAUACUAUCAGUCCCCUCCUGGUAUUCAAAUGCUUCACUGCCGAAGGUUUGAUAAAGAAGUUAAAGGUGGUGAAAGUGUAUUUCUUGAUGUGUUUGCAAUUGCUGAGAAGUUUAGAAAGACAAACCCUAAAGAAUUUGAUACACUUGUUAGAGUACCAGCAACAUUUCAGAAAAUACACUUUGAAAGAGAAAAUCCAGUUUACCUGAAGUAUCAAAGACCACACAUUUGUCUUAACCAUCACAAAGAGAUUGUCUCAAUAACAUGGUCACCAGCCUUUGAGGGCCCUCUUUUUGUGGACGAGGAGGAUGUUGAACCUUACUAUGAGGCUUACUUUGCAUUUGACAAAGCUGUCAACCAAUCAGAAUUAAAGGUGAAAUUCAGGCUUGAAGAAGGAGAUCUUAUUGCUUUCAAUAAUAUUAGAAUUCUUCAUGGGCGUGAAGAAUUUGAAUUAAAUGGAGGAGGACGUUCAUUAAGGGGUUGCUAUGUGAACAUCGAUGAAUUUCGGAAUAAAGUUGACGUCAUGUCACAACUCCAUGGUGAUAAACGAUUGUCAAAGAGAGUUGGCAAUAAUUGCUUCUUUUGAAUCAAGAAUGCAAAGCAUUAAAGAAAACAAUUCUGCAUUAUGUAGAGUGAGGAUUUCAAAGACACUGAUAAAAGAUAUGGUAUUUAUCAAAAUUAGCAUAUGAAUGGCGUUGAAACUCGACUCGCAUUUGAUGAAUACAUUUGAUGAAUUCGAGAUUUCGUCAUCCCAAAAAUAAACCUCAGUUAAAAAAAUUAUAAUUUUUUAUAAUUUUUAUUUAAUAUAUAAAAAGAUACAAGGAAGUUUUUACUUUCUAGCCUGUGUACAUCCGUUUCUCACCCCUUUUUGAGGGGUGA